UAAAUUCCAGCGAAAAAGGAAAUAAAGAAAAAUCCUCUUCCUCAGUCUGUCGAAGAAAUGUUGUGAUUUAUCCUCGUUAUUUUGUUUUUAGAAAGAUGGAUGUUGUCCGGGGAAAUGAUUUUAGUCUGGAGGAAGAAGAAAAAUUGUUUGAGGUUUGAUGUCUGCGUGGGUGUUUCCGGGGGGAGUGCGCGCGCGGCGGGAAGAGCCGCAGAGCCAGGCGCUGUGACGAGACGACCUUGUUUUCCAGUACCGCCGCUUCCACGCAAGGAGCAAGACGUUUCUAACCGUUUCUCCUUCUAAGACGUUCGGACUAUACACUUGACCGUGAAGUGGGAAGACAUCGUGUGGUGUAGAGAAGCGAUCCACGCGGCCUGUGUGUCCAGAAAUUCUCCGUGGCCGGUUUUAACCGCGUGUGUGUGUGUCUACGCCUCGCUGCCCCGAAUCGUGGCCUGUUUUCGAAAUUGAAAUUCCAGAGUACGACCGGGGGACUGGCAAGGGUUUCUCUCGCGGUGCACAGGGAAAGGGAAAAUCAACCAGGAAUUUAGGAAAAACCCAAGAUGUUCGGCGUGAACUGGCAUCGGUGUGAGAUGGAGAAAGACUCGGAGUGAGGAUUGUUGUUUUUCCGGAUCUCUGUGUGACUUGUGAGGUAUUUUUUUUUCUUCGAUCUGUGGGAAAAAACGUGGUGUGUUGUUCAGUACCAGAAGAGGACUGUAACUCUGGCGGCUAUCUUGCCAUUUUAAAACACUGGCCGUGUGCACGCAUUAUGGAGCAACCCACGGCAGUGUUCAACGCUAACUUGCACCAGACACUCAAGCAUUUCCAAGCCUCGGCUAUGAGCAGCUUGUCGGGCCCGGCAGGCUUCGCUGCGCGGUGGGCCGAGGCCGCCAAGCUCCGGGACAUCGCCGGGGCCGACCCCGACUCACCCGGGAGUAGUGGGGAGGGGGGCGCCGGUCCGAGCAGGAAGGAUCUAGCGGAGACGUUCGCGGCUCGCCUCGCGAGUUCCGUCGGGGUGGGUCCGCAGCACUUCCCGGUGUUCAUCCCGCAGGACCGCGGCUCAGCCGAGCGGGCGGAGACCCUCCUCGAGGGGGAGACGAUCUCCUGCUUUAUCGUGGGCGGGGAGAAGCGGCUCUGCCUCCCGCAGAUACUCAACUCCGUCCUGCGGGACUUCUCCCUCCAACAGAUCAACGUGGUCUGCGACGAGCUCCACAUCUUCUGCUCAAGAUGUUCUCCCGAGCAGCUCGAGACCCUUAAAGUCAUGGGCAUCCUUCCUUACUCCGCUGCGUCUUGCGGACUGAUCACCAAGACGGACGCCGAGCGGCUCUGUAACGAGCUCUUACACCGCCGCAGCGGGGCCACCCCUCAACCAACCCCGACUAAACCCCGAGACAAGACCAAGACGUCUUUCAAGGUGUACCACGAGUGCUUCGGCAAGUGUAAGGGCGUCUUCUGUCCCGAUCUGUACGAGUCUCCGUUCUCCCAGUGCAUCGAGUGCACGGAUUGUCACGGAGCCUUCAGUCCGCAGAAGUUCGUCUGUCACAGUCACAAGGCCCAGGAAAACCGUACCUGCCACUGGGGCUUCGACUCCGCCAACUGGCGAUCUUACGUCCUCCUCAGCAAAGACCAAGACACAGAGGAGUUCCAAGAAGCUCUGGAAGACAUGAAGGCCAAGUUCGACUUCAUGAACCGCUUCAAAAGGAAGCAGUCGGGUUCCCAAGACGAGGUUGCGAGCAAGCGGGCGCGCAGUGACGAGGCGAUGAAGUUCGCGAUGGGACACGACGCCAUGAUCACAUCGUCAUGGACCGCCCUCCAUGGUCACCUGACCCCCAUCCAACGGCUGUCUGCCUUCAGACCCUGGUCUCCGUCAUCCAUGGCAGAGGCGAAGGACCUCUACGGACGAGUCGCCAUGAGGCUGCCGCCCCCUCUGCUGAGUUCAGGACCUCCGGUUCUGCUCCAUCCAGAGAGAGUGGUGCCUUAUACGGGCAUGGGCAGAUACGACAACUAUGUUCCGCCCAACGUUGCCCUGGCCCCGACGAGCAGCCAGCUGUCUGGCAGCGCGCAGACGGCCGUGAAGGUCGAGGAAGGGUCAGAGGUCGCGAAGGUCGAGGAAGGGUCAGAGGUCGCGACCUCCACAGGUGAGGAGAAGCAUCAGCAGAUGAUAAAGAGAGAAGUGAUGGAGACGGAGGGAGGAUGCUCAGAGGAGACGGAGCAGACAGCAUCUCAGCCCGAGACGACCGAGACGAGACAGCCAGAUCAGAACAUGGCGGCCGAGGUCGACAUGUCAGCGCUCAGCGCCGCGGCGAAUCCUCCCGCGGCCACGAUUCCCGUCGGCACGAUUUCGGGGAAGGAGUCAGGGAGCGAACUGGACAGCUCUGGCUCCGUGGAGCAGGAGCUUGAGCUGGUGCGGAGCGCGCUCGACGGAGGCUGCGAGAGUAAGGAGGCGAAGGAGAAACUCCUCCACGAGCUGGCCAAGAUCCGCAUGCGACAGGAGGAGCGUCUUAGCAGCGCUCUCCAGGCCAAGAAGAGUCUGCAACAGGAGCUUGACUUCCUCCGAGUUGCUAAGAAAGAGAAGCUUCGUGAAGCAGCGGAGGCGAAGAGAAACCUUCGUAAGGAGAUCGAGCGGUUACGGGUCGAGCACGAGAGGAAGCUACGCGAGACCAACGAGUCGAAACAACGGUUGAAGCGGGAGCUGGAAUUAGUCCGGAGCAAGCGGCUCGAGAAGUUCGGAGACGUCAACAAGUCGAAGACGAAGCUCCGAGCGCAAAUCGAAGAAUUGAAGGAGAGAAUGGCGGCGUUGGACGCGGAGAACCAACAACUUCGGCACGAACUCGAGGGGAAUGGUGGUAGUAAAGAGGCCGCGCAGUUGCCGCAAGGACAGAGCGAGUCAGAUAGCGUAGUCGAAAACCAGUCCAACGCAGAGAGCGAAUCUGUCAAUGUCGAGCUUAAGAACGAAAAGGUAGAGGACAGCGUGUCGUCACCCUCCGCCGAGUCGUAGGUCAAACUCGGACGAAAGUUCCGGCGACCCCUGAAUUUUCGCUCCGAGCCUGAGAGUAGACGCGGGUGUUUUGUGUCCAGUGUCAACGUUACAAUUGUAGGGUAAGGUAUAAACGCGGCGGGCGCGGGGAAAAAAAAACACGGCAUGGCGUCGUUCCCCGUUCGCCGCGCUCCGGUGCUAGAAAAGACUGAACGAACUGAUCUCCUCCAGAAAGAGAGAUACAGGAUUACGGGUGUGCUAAACUGUUGACAGUAGAGACCAGUUGUGUUGGACAGUUUGCAUGAAUGGUGUGCUCUAAACGCUUCUGUUCGUACUUGGUGCUAGCCUAAGUCAUGGUGUUUUGAUAUAAACCGACGCAGCUUUUUUCGAGUGACCGAACUCUCUCUCUCCCUCUCUCUCUAUAUAUAGACAAUUUCCACACCCUCAAUGUGGAAAACUCAAUCACCGUUUUCUAUGAUAAUAAUAGCGUUUUGUAAAUUUUGUCUCAGACAACCCACCUAGUUGUUGUUGUUGUUGUGAAGCGCAACAUGAUCUGGCCAGGCUAUUAUGGGUUAUCACAUUCCAGUUAUGACACAUGUGAUCUUCCAUUCGUCGAACUCAGGGAAAUGCACCCUGGGAAGUGGUGGACUUGAAAUACCCACACUGCCCUCUACCUGUACGUGCAUGAACGUGGUAAAGUAUAGCAGUGCCACAGUUGGACCGUUCCAUUCUGAUAGUUUCUUAUAAAAGAAAGGUCAGUAAAUAAGUCGGGUCUCGAAAACUACUAGAAGCUCUCUGCUGAUAUACUUGUAACACUGCCAUAGCUCGGAAUACGAUACCGUUAAUGUAUGUGUUAGGAUGCCGCAAGUGCUGUAUGAUAACUCGCUUCGUGGGGAACCUUACCACCCCCGUCUCAAUAAUGGUAUAGUCCACAGCAAGGAGAAAUAAUAUUAAGAUAUGCCUUUUUUGGGGUUUCGGUUACAAGAGAAGAAAUCAGGAAGAUGAAUUAUGUAGAAAGAUUUUGAGUUGUUAUUUCGUUGGAAAAAUUUCCCUCGAUUUCCCCUUGUAUAAAGAGAUGCUAGGCACUAACUGUAAGGUAUGAUAGAAAUGCCAUACAACAGAUAUUGUAUGUAAACUCUAAUAAUGACAAUUAACAUGAACAGUAAUUAGCUAUGUGUAAAUUAAUAGGCUAUCAGAGGAUUUAUCUUAAUGUAGUGUGUGGUAGGGUUGGAGAAAGUGUAUUUUGUAUGACGAUGAUGAUGUGUAUAAUUCAUGUUGCCGAUCCACAUUGUCCGCUAUGAUUGGUGGGGUACUGUGCCCUGUGUGGUCGUUAGUGUUAAUUAAUCAACGAGCACCCCAAGUCCUCAUUACCUCCAGUGCGUGCGUGCGUGUAUGAUUGUGGAUGCACGUGCGUUGAUGUGUGUGUGUGUGUGUGUGUGUGUGUAUGUAUCGGCAGGGAUCAUUUUCAAAGUUGUUUCUUUUCGAAGGUUGAAAGGUUUAAAACAACACAGUGUACAUGAAGUUGUCAAAGACGUUCAAGACUAGCGGACGCCUCUCGUGUGUCCGCUGUUCUUUCGCUACAAUCAAACAGAAUCCAAACCCAGUCUCAGGUUACAGUUAGUUAAACAGCCAUGCAAGUUGUGAGCUUGUUCGUCAUUCCUAGCUUAAAUUGUUAGACAGUAGUCGAGGACAGUUGAGAAAAUUUUUCCAACCACUUUCAGUUUGUUGUUUUCUAGAGAAACAAACCUAGAGAAGCAAAACUUGACACAGAAGGCUAAGAAUGGGCCAAGUUCCGUUCCACAUUGUUAAAUGGAAAAGUAGUCAUACAGAAAUCUCUUUAAGAACAUGUUCGUUAUUCUAACGAUCGCGCAGUCCUCAACUGGCUCUUCGAUCGUACCUCAUCUAGCAGCUGGAAAAGAGAAACUGUUGAAAGUUCACCAAUGAAAAGAAGUUUGUUACCGAUAGAAACAUGUCAUCUAACAAGUGAAAUUUCCUACAAAAAAAACAACAACUGGGAGUGGGUCAUUUAUUUUCACAAAUUUAAUUUUAAAAUUAUUUCAAAAUGUUUCAGUUUGAAACUUGAUAUCCCUAGAUACCUCGUUUUUAAAAAGAAUGGAUAUAGGUUACCCCACGGAUAAAGGUGAACUAGCAUUACCCAGGACCAAGGUCUAGAUACCAUCUCUCUAGGACCGGUACCUCUUGUAUGCUUGUACCAACAUUAUGUAAUAAAAGUGUGUUCAAAACUACCCAGAAUGGUCCCCAACAUUAAAAGACUCCAUGAAAGAAACAGUGUUCAGCAGUUCAAAGGUGAAAGUUCAGAGGUCGCAGGGUACAGGUCCCUCCAACCAUGGUGUGCGUGUGUGUGUGUUACUUCGGUGGAAAGUUGCAAAACAUUGAAAGUGUUUUUGUUUGUUAGGCGCACUUAUCAAUGUUAACACCAAGUGGUGAUGGGGGUGGGGGGCUUACGGCCUGGCACUUUCAAAGCAUCACUGUCUGAAGGAAAGGUUUUUUUCUUUUUUAAUUAUUUGUGGAUAAUGAUUGUAAAGUUUUAAGUUUGAAAAUGCCGACUGUAUGCCCCCCACAUUUGACAUUUGCAUUCUUGAGUGUUGGAUGUUAAAAGUAAUUGUUAAUUUUUUAAGUAUUGACCCACUUAAACUUCAGUGUUUUGCAACUGACACCACAUGCAGCUAGCUAUGCUCAGGGGAUAUUGUAUGAUGUAACUGCUUUCAAACUUGACAUUGAGCCCACCGGGGUGAGAUGUACUUCCAGUUGUUCUAGAUCGUAGGUAACGAUUGUAUAAAUCAGCUCUCCUCUCGCAAUGCUGUCAGCCCGGGUUCAAGUGGCAAAUUGUCCAGUUCGAAUCAACCCAGGCAAAAAUUGAAAAAAAAAAAAAGAUCACUGUGCAAUUUCUCAAAUCAUUCUCACACUUCUUGGAACUUUGUAAUCAAACUUCAUACCCUAUAUUUUUUUGGCACCUCUCUUCCUGUAAACAAAUAUGGUUGCCAUGGGUUACCGUGUGCAAUGCAUUGUGGGGUUACCCCCUGAUGACCACAGUAGGAAUCCCCUACUCUAGAAAGAUGAUUGACAGCUUUGUCAGACAACACUUGUUGCCGGGGGUGACAGCGCCUUCUUGACUGUGACUUGGAUAAAUUGAAGAAUUAAAGUAAAAAAGGAUGCUUGUAUGAUUGUUCGCAAUUCCUCUGACGUGCGCAGGAGUGAGUGUAUGGCAGUUACUGCCACCAAUUUUGUGUAGCUUUUCUGGCUUAGUUAUAAAAAAAUGUAAUAAUUUCGUUUGUAUACCCUAGGUAUUAAGGAAUGGAGGGUUCGAAGCCUAUACUGUAUAUCAGUCAGACUUGUCACAAGUUUCUUUUAAUUUGUUUGAAUUUUUUAUAGACUCGUAAAGAGGAUUAGUGUACAUGGAUAGACGGUUGAUGAUACUGUACUGCAUGAUUUUUCACUGCAAUCACGGUCAGUUUAGAACUACUCGCCUGUCUGAAACAUAAAUUUUAAACGCUGACUCGAUCUACUGUUAAGGGCAGGGUAAGAAACUUAAGGUAAAAAUUAUGGUCAAUGUUUUGCAGAAAUGUGUUAUGUACUGCAUACAGUGAUAUUCAAAGAACAUAUAUAUACAUAGCUAUAUAUAUAUCUAUAUCUGUAACUGGCACAGAAUGUAUUUCGACAUUUACUUGGUCUCAUUUCUGCUGAAUUGUGUUGGUGAACGGUGGCUGUAUCUCGCCGCCAAACAAUCACAGUAUGCUUUUUAAUAUUGCAUAAUUAUUUGACAGCAAGUUCUAAAGUUAAGCAUUUUGUAUAUAAAGAGCUGAACUAAGCA